AUGAUUCAACCGGUUGAAAUACCGGAUUCUGCUCCGAAUCCACGACCACUGAGAAUCACCAAAAGGCAACAAUUGAUCUCUAAAAAUGCUACUAUGAUCCCAGUGAUCCUGGAUUCUUUAUUCAUUAUGCCAUCCGUUUGUUUCGUUGUAGUCUACGUCUGGAUCUUGUCUCAAGAUACAUUUUACGUCAAUAUUCUUCACAUAACUUCACUCUUUCUGAAACUGGCGAUUGCAAGAAAACAAUUCAAAGUAAUGAAUAACAUUAUGGAACGGACUGUGGACGCUUAUAUUCGUGCUGGCUCAACCAACAUGGAUCUGGUAUUUAUGCGUUUCCUUGUGGUGGUUCAUGACUAUCUGCUGAUUCUCAUCAAGGGUGGCACCACAACUGAACCAUGUGAUACUUGGUGCGACGUCCUGUGCGUUUCAUUUCUGUCUUACUUUGUGUACAGUCUAGUCGUAGCCACGUGUAUCAUCGAGAUCUUCAGAGUCUGGGAUGUGCAGAUAGAGAAUCUCGAAGCGGCGCCGGAAGAAGAUCGCCAUGCGCUUCAAUUUAUUUGA